UUAAUAAACAACAACGACAAUUUAUGAUUAAGUCUCACGAAGUUGAUAAUGAAUAAAUUUUAAUUGUUUAAUAAAUAGUGUUCACUCAGGUUAGCUGAUCACAAUUUGAUUUGUUGUUGAACAAUCUUGAUCUCUUGAUUGUCAAAGUAAAUUGGUGAUUUAAAUUGUUAAAAAUGAUUGAUAAUCAAACUCACAUUGAUUCACUUUUACAAUCAACUUACACACAGUUGAUUAAUACUGUUAAUCAUCACUAUGAUCAAUCAAUUGGAUCAACUAGUUUAUCUCAGUGGUUGUUAAUGUCAAUUGGACUGUUGAUCAGUUUUAAUUGUGUCCAAAAGUUAAUUGCUUUCGUUAAAUUUCAAAAUGAAGUGUCAUCAUUACCUCAUGAACCUUAUAAUCUAAUCACUGGACAUAUUAAUAAUUUUGGAAUCAAAUUAACUACAUUAACUAAUUUGCCAGAAAAAGCAAUUAUGACUGAAUGUGAACGUUUAUUUGCUAAAUAUCGUUCAACUGGAUUAAUUUUAGUCAAAUUAAUGUGGAAACCAUUGUUAAUUAUUGUUAAUCACUCCAUCGUUAAGGCGAUUGCGGCCAAAAAUGGUUUAGUUGAACGAGGCGGACAAAUAUAUUUACUUAAACCUUGGAUUGGCAAUUCUGUAACAACCUCAUCAGCAAUUAACUGGCAUUCUAAGAGACGAACAGUUAAUUUAGCAUUUCAUGCUGAUUGUUUACCUGUGUACACCUCGAUUGUUGAAAGGCAAACAAUUAAAUUCAUCAAGAAGCUAAAUGAUGAUGAAAAUUUAGGAAAACCAAUUAAUAUAUCUCGUUGGGUUCAUCUCGCCGGUUUGGGUUAUAUUGUUGAAAUUAUUUCGGGACAAUUUAUUGAUUUUCUUAAUUCUCAAGGAGGUCAAUAUUUUGAUGAUUUAGAGAUAAUUCAACAAUCAAGGGAACAGCGUUUAUGGUUCCCAAUUUAUUGGUCCGAUUUAAUUUACUCAUUAACACCUUCGGGUUGGCGACAUAAAUCAGCGCUAUCAAGAGUCCAUCAAUUUAGUCAAUCGUUAGUUGAAUCAUCUUUACAAUCAAUGAAACAAGGUAAAGUUAAUCAGGGUCCAGGUAAGCCGAUUGUUGAGUUAAUUGUUCAAAGCUAUUGGGAGAAAGCGCAAUCCAGUGGAUCAGAAACAAUUAAUGUACAAUCAAUUCGGGAGGAACUCGAUGGUUUAAUUAUGGGCACUUUUGAUACAACUCCAAAUGCAAUUACAUUUACAUUGUAUCUUCUUGGUUUAAACUCAUCAUACCAGGAACAAUUAUUUCAACAAUUAAGUGAAUUAGAUGUCGAUCCAAACACUGGCUUACCAAACACUAACGAUAUUAUGAAAAGCCCUUAUUUGGACGGAGUGGUCAAGGAAGCCUUGAGACUUUACCCACCGGUGCCGUUUGUCCAGCGACAGCUCGACACUGAUAUAACAAUUAACGGUCAACUAAUUCCCGCUGGUAUGGACUUGACCCUUUGCCUUUACUUUCUUCAUCGUGAUCCUCAACUAUUUCCGGAACCGGAAUCAUUUUAUCCUGACCGAUGGUUAAACCAACACGCAGACAACAAUAACCAACCCUUACCUUUAACCUCUUACCUGCCCUUUGGCUUUGGCCUGAGGCAGUGUGUCGGCAAAAAACUUGGCCUAAUUAUCAUGAAAAUUGCAAUCGCUCACAUUAUAAUUAACUUUAAAUUAACUUCAUCUCAACCAUUAACUUCAUCCGAUGUUAAAUUAUCAACAGCAAUCAUACCCAAGAUCCCAUUGCUGGUUAAAUUGGAAAGACGUAAAGAAAUCAAUUGAUUACAAACAAUUAAAUUAAAAUACAUUAAGAUUUUAUUACUCUAUUAAUUGUUUCAUCAUUUUUUUUUACAAUAUAAUAUUUUUAAUCACAUUUUAUUUUACCUUAUUGAUCAUUGAGUAAAUUGGGAUAAAAUUUUUAAUUAUAA